AUGUCCCAGACGUACGAAGCAGAAAAACAGGUAGCCGUCGCCGCCGUCAGGCGUGCAUGUGCCCUGACUGCCUCGGUCUUCAACAAGCUCGUCAAGAACGAGACAUUGACGAAGGAGGACAAGAGCCCGGUCACGAUUGGGGACUACUCCGCACAAGCUGUCAUCUGCACCAUCCUCAGCCGCGCUUUCCCGGACGACCCUAUCGUCGGCGAAGAAGAUGCCGCCGACCUGCGUCCCGAAAGUGGCGCAACUUUACGCAAUCGCAUCGUCGACCUCGCGAAUGAAACGCUCACGGCGCCACUGCAACACGGGGAGAAGGAGGAGUGGGGGCUAGGUCCGAGCCACGCCCAGAGCCCGGAGCAGAUCAUGGACAUCAUCGACCGCGGGAACUAUGGUGGCGGCCAGACAGGACGUUUCUGGACACUCGAUCCGAUCGACGGCACGAAGGGCUUCCUCCGUGGCGAGCAGUACGCCGUCUGCCUCGCGCUCAUCAAAGAUGCACGCGUUGAGCUUGGUGUCAUGGGCUGUCCGAACCUCCUGGUGGACACUUCGAACGCUGACGGACCGCGCGGCUGCGUGUUCGUUGCGGCGCGUGGCGAGGGUGCGUGGCAGCUCCCGCUUGCCGCGAGCGAUACGAGUGCACCUGUGCGCCUGACUAUCCCGGCGUUCACGAAGGACACGCUCAACCUGCUCGAGAGCGUCGAGAAGGCACAUUCGAAGCUCUCGUUCAACGAGCGCGUCGCAGAGCUACUCGGCGUGACGCGUGCGCCGACGCGCAUGGACAGCCAGGCCAAGUACUGCUCGCUUGCCCGCGGCGACGGCGGAGUCUACCUGCGCAUGCCCACCGGCACCGGGUACAGGGAGAAGAUUUGGGACCACGCGCCUGGAUCUGUUCUGAUUGAAGAAGCGGGCGGGGUGAUCACUGACUCUCGAGGCCUGCCGUUGGACUUCAGCCUUGGUCGCACCCUCGGCGAGAAUUUUGGUGUGGUAGCUGCAGGCAAGGCUGUUCACACCCAAGUGCUUGAGGCCGUGAAGAAGGCCAAAGAGGAGGAAUCUGCACGGUAA